AUGAACUCCAGCGGUGAGUCAGGCGGCACGAUGACCGAGGACUACGAGGUGACCGGUUGCGGUCCACCGGAGGAGGAGACAGGCUCGAAUCUGCCCGUCUGGGAAGCCGCGGCCGCCUCGUUGACGCUGGGCUUCCUUGUUCUGGCGACGGUGCUCGGUAACGCGUUGGUGAUCCUCAGCGUGUUCACCUACAGACCGUUGCGAAUCGUUCAGAAUUUCUUCAUAGUCUCGCUGGCGGUGGCGGAUCUAGCGGUCGCGAUUCUAGUGAUGCCGUUCAACGUCGCUUACCUUCUUCUGGGCAAAUGGAUAUUCGGUAUACACCUGUGCAAGCUAUGGUUGACCUGCGACGUCCUGUGUUGCACAGCUAGCAUACUAAAUCUAUGCGCGAUUGCGUUGGAUCGUUACUGGGCGAUCACCGAUCCGAUAAAUUACGCGCAGAAACGCACCCUGAAGAGGGUGCUCGCAACGAUAGCUGGGGUAUGGAUCCUAUCUGGGGCGAUCAGUUCACCGCCAUUGGCCGGUUGGAACGACUGGCCGGAGGAACUCGAGCCAGGCACACCUUGUCAGCUGACCAGAAGACAGGGCUACGUGAUCUAUUCAUCCUUGGGCUCGUUCUUCAUACCGUUGCUGUUGAUGAGCCUGGUCUAUCUGGAGAUCUUCCUGGCUACCAGGAGGAGACUUCGUGAACGGGCCAGACAGAGUCGACUGGGGGCGGUUCAGUCGACCAGGCAUCGCGAGGCAGAGGAGGAGUCGGUUAGUUCCGAAACGAAUCAUAACGAAAGAUCGACCCCACGUGCUCACGCGAAACCCUCGUUGAUCGACGACGAGCCAACGGAAGUGACGAUCGCUGGGAACGCUACCACUACAUCCUCGAGACGUACGACUGGUGGUGGUCGUGCUACAGCCACCACCACCACGGUGUAUCAGUUCAUCGAGGAACGACAGAGGAUCUCUCUGUCGAAAGAGAGACGUGCCGCGAGGACUCUCGGCGUGAUCAUGGGUGUAUUCGUCGUCUGCUGGCUACCGUUCUUCCUGAUGUACGUGAUCGUCCCGUUCUGCCCGGCCUGUUGCCCCUCGGAUCGCGUGGUUUACUUCAUCACGUGGCUCGGUUACGUGAACAGCGCCCUGAACCCGCUCAUCUACACGAUCUUCAAUCUCGAUUACAGAAGAGCGUUCAGACGAUUGUUGCGUAUACGUUGA